GCCUCGGCACCCAUGUCCAAUGGUGUGCCUUAUAUUGUUGUGCAGAACGACUGCGACCAUUCGAUCAUUGCUGGCGAAUCAGAGAAUGGCCAUUGGUAUGGUACCUCUGCCAACGUAGCGCCUCACAGUUCGCAUACCUUUACUUUGAAACCGCACUGGAAAGGCCGUAUCUGGGGUCGUGAGGUCUGUGAUGACGACUGCACUUAUGCCGGUAUCGGGUCUCCUGCAUCUUUGGCCGAAUUCUUGUUCAAGGAUGGCGAAGGCAAAGACUUUUACGACAUUUCUCUUGUCGACGGUUACAACUUGCCUCUGAAGAUCGAUCCUAUCCAACCUCGCAACCCGGCUGAAGGCGAUUUCUAUCGAUGUGGCAGUCCCAGUUGUAUGGGUGUUCCUGACUGCCCUAAGGAACUUCAGAUUAUCAAGGACGGUAAGGUGCUCGGCUGCAAGAGCGCCUGUAGCCAAUUUGGCGGUGAUGAACACUGUUGCUUGGGUGAAUUUGGUGAAGGCAUUUGCGCUCCUUCUUCCUAUUCCAAGAUCUUCAAGUCUGCCUGUCCUCAUGCUUACAGUUUUGCCUAUGACGAUGCCACCAGUAUGUUCAUGUGUCAAGCUUCUGGUUACAAGGUCACUUUCUGC